CAACAUCGAGCUUGUGCGCGUCGACGGCAAGCUCAAGUACAGGACCAUCGUGUUUGCCAACGACGGCAGCAAGACUUCUAUAGCGCGGCCGCGUGCCAUCUGCCUGGACCCCACCGAAGGAAAAAUAUACUGGUCAGAUGAAGGAGGUUUCGGAGUUCCUGCAAAAAUAGGAAAAGUAAACAUGGACGGUACAAAUGCGGCUAUUUUAGUUGACGGAAUCGAGCGACCCGAAGCAGUGGCCAUUGACGUAGAAAAGAAAAUACUGUACUUCAGCACGCAAUUUCCCGCCAGCGUCAACAGCGUGAACACGGACGGCAACGACAGGAAAACGAUCCUGACAGAGGCUAACGCCAUCUCGUAUCCGAAGGUGAUCGCAGUGCUCGACUCGCGGCUCUAUGUCUUAGAUCCACGUCACGAGAAGAUCAUCAAGGCCGACCUGCCGAACGGUGAUAACAUCAAAGUUAUACUCGACAACGAGAGCGAUCUGAAGUCGCUCACGAUUUUCCAGAAGAGAAAGAUGAUGCAUCAUCACCCGUGCACCCUGAACAACGGCGGCUGCGAGCAAAUCUGUAUUCCAAGUGACGGAGGCUCGCGGAUCUGUUCCUGCUCCAUAGGAUACAAAAAAGAAAAUGAGGUGAACUGUGUGCCCUACAAGACGUUCGCAGUGGUCUCUCAACUGGACCUCAUCCGCGGCUUCAGCCUCGAGGGCAGCGCCGAGGCUAUGGUGCCUGUCACCGGACAAGGCCACCAUAUCCUUCACGUUGACGUGCAUUUCUCGGACAACUUCAUUUACUGGGUGGAGUUCAACCGGGGCCAAUGGAACGGAAUAUUCCGCAUUCGUCCGAACGGCACGGAACUGGAACAUGUUAUCAAGGACGGCAUUGGCAGCAACGGCAUCAGGGGCUUGGCCGUCGACUGGGUCGCUGGCAACUUGUACUUCACGAACGUCUUUCCGCAUGAAAAUUACGUCGAAAUGUGCUGGUUGGAUGGAUCUCAUAGAAAAGUUCUCGUGAAAACGACAAUGGACGCCCCGAGGGAGCUUGCCGUCAACCCGUUGAAAAGGCUUCUCUAUUGGAUAGAUUAUGGACAAUAUCCGAGAAUAGGAAAAGCGUACUUGGACGGCAGCAACUGGCAGACGGUUGUCAGUUCUGGAAUUUCAAAUCCCCGAGACUUAACGAUAGACAUGAUGACCCACGACGUCUACUGGGUCGACUCGAAGUUGGACCAGAUUCAGAAGAUAUCGUACAACGGUGGCAACCGACAGCUAAUCCGGUCCAACCUACCGAAUCCUAUGGGUAUAGCGAUACACACCGGCAGCGUAUACUGGGUGGAUAGAAACCUACAAACGAUAUACAAGGCGUCUAAAUUACCCGGUAAUAUGUCGAUGCCCGAAAAAAUGAGAACUAAUUUACCAAAGUUGCGGGACAUUGUUAUAUUUGAUGUUAACAACCAGCCCACGGACGACAACAACCCUUGCCGCAAGCUAGGCAACGGGGGCUGCGAGCAGUUGUGCUUCAGCUACCCUCCGGACGCUAAUAAGGGCUACACGCAUAGGUGCGACUGCGCCACCGGACAAAUAUCGAACACCAAUCCGAAAAAAUGCGACGUAGUCGAUGAAUACCUAGUCUUCACAACUAGGACUGAAAUCCGAGCUGUGAAUUUGGAUCCCAAAUCAACCGGAGUUCCAUUCAAACCCAUCGGCAAUUUGACCAACGUCGUCGGUGUAGAAUUUGACUACGUAGACAACAAGCUGUUCUUCACUCAAAUAAGACCGUGGGCACGAAUCGCAUGGAUGUCGUCCGUCAACCCUGAAUCCUCAAAAAUUCAAAAUAUCAUAAGCAAAAACAUUAAUCCCGAAGGAAUUUCAUAUGACUGGACCCAAAAGAAAAUCUAUUGGACUGACAGCUCGAAUAACUCUAUCUACGCUAUGAACCUCGACGGCACCGAGCUGGUUAUGAUAGCGCGGGUGGAGCGCCCCAGGGCCAUCGUGGUCGACCCCUGCAAUGGCACCCUGUACUACACCGACUGGGGCCGAUUCGGCACUUCCGGUAAGAUUUACAGAACCACCAUGGCCGGUUCCCUGAAAAAAGCCAUUAUAGAUAAAGACUUGUCACAACCUAGCGGGUUGACUAUCGAUUUCGACGAAAACAUGUUAUACUGGACUGAUGCAGUUAGGGAAAAAAUCGAACGUUCCAAACUGGAUGGAUCCGAUAGAGAAGUUCUCAUAUCCGCAACCAUUUAUCCUUUCGCCAUCACGGUGUUUAGAAAUUAUAUCUACUGGACCGACUUGCAAUUACGUGGCGUGUAUCGUGCAGAAAAGCACACCGGUGCCAAUAUGGUGGAAAUGGUCAAACGUUUAGAAGAUUCUCCGAGAGACAUACACAUCUACAGUACGAGUCGCCAGUCGUGCAAAGUGAAUCCUUGCCUAAUAAGUAACGGAGGAUGCGCUCAAAGUUGUCAUCCGGCUCCAAAUAAUUCCGUCGAAUGCAAAUGUGACGACAACACCAAAUUGGUAAACGAGGGACGUAUGUGCGUUACGAAGAACAUCACAUGUGACCCUAGCAAAUUCUUCUGCGCCAACGGCAAGUGCAUCAGCCGUAUGUGGUCCUGUGACGGCGACGAUGACUGCGGAGACGGCUCCGACGAAGACAAAAACUACUGCGCGUAUCACUCCUGCUCGCCCAAUGAAUUCCGCUGCAACAAUGGUCGGUGCAUAUUCAAGUCCUGGAAAUGUGAUCACGAAAACGAUUGCAAGGACGGCUCCGACGAGGAAGGCUGCGUUUACCCGCCCUGCGCUGAAGGCGAAUUCACCUGUCUCAACUCUCGCUGUAUUCCGAUGUCACAGGUCUGCAACGGCAUCAACGAUUGCAAGGACAACAUAACUUCCGAUGAAACUCAUGAACGAUGCCCGAGAAAUACGACGUGUCCCACAAAUCACCUAAAGUGCGAAAAGACUAAUAUUUGCGUCGAGCCCUAUUGGUUGUGCGACGGAGACAAUGACUGCGGCGACAACUCGGACGAGGACCCGCUGCACUGCGCCCAGAGAACCUGCCCGCAAAACAGUUUCCGAUGCAACAACCACCGCUGCAUCCCCGCCACGUGGUACUGCGACGGCGACGACGACUGCGGGGACGGCGUCGAUGAGCCACCCGAGUACUGCCGCUCCGAGGGUCGAACCUGCUUCGGUGAUCUAUUCACCUGCGACAACGGGAACUGCAUCCCCAGGAUCUACAUUUGUGAUGGCGACAACGAUUGCCUCGAUGGCAGCGACGAGGACGACAGACACCAAUGCAACGAAAGAAAGUGCGACCCGGAAACUGAAUACACCUGCGAAGAAAACAAGUUCUGGAACCGCGCGCAGUGCAUUCCUAAGAAAUGGGUUUGCGACGGCGACCCGGAUUGCAUCGACGGCACGGACGAAAAUUCAACCAUUCACCAUUGCUCGACCCCCACGCCUUGCUCGGACGAUCAGUUCCAGUGUAACAACGGGAGAUGCAUAAAUCGGGGCUGGGUGUGCGAUCACGACAACGACUGCGGAGACGGUUCAGACGAAGGAAAACACUGCAACACACAGUACAAACAGUGUACGGAUCAAGAGUUCAAGUGUCAGAAUUUUAAAUGUAUCCGGAAUCACUUCCGAUGCGAUGGCGAAGAUGACUGUGGAGACCAUUCGGAUGAAGUCGGAUGCGUGAAGGAAAACAAGACCUGCCCGGCAGGGCAAUUCAAAUGCAACAACGAUCAGUGCAUCGACAGCAGUCUUGUGUGCAACAAGGUGUCGGACUGCAGCGACGACUCCGACGAGCCCGCCCACUGCAACGUCGACGAGUGCGCGAAACUGGAAAUCAACCAGUGCGGCCACAAGUGUGUCGACACAUUGACGGGAUACUACUGCGACUGUAACCAGGGCUACAAGCUGCUCGGGGACGGAAAGGCGUGCGCGGACAUCGACGAAUGCAACGAGAGCCCCGGCGUCUGCUCGCAGUAUUGCUCCAACACGCCCGGUUCCUACUACUGUAAAUGUAACGAUCAGUACUAUGAACGAGAAGCAGACGAGCGCACUUGCAAGAGAAAGGACAACACAACUGCAUGGGUCAUAUUCACUAAUAAGUACUACGUCAGAAACAUGUCGACUGACGCGUCCAGGUAUAACUUAGUGCACCAGGACCUUAUGAACGUUGUAGCUAUAGACUUUGAUAUUAAGGAACGGAAAAUGUAUUUCGCUGAUGUUUCGGCCAAAACAAUUUACAAAUCCGAUUACUCCGACCCCAACCCGACAAAGGAGGUUGUAAUAAGACACGACUCUCAUGGUUUAGAAGGCAUAGCCAUAGACUGGAUAGGUAGAAAAAUUUAUUGGUUAGAUCGACAUUCGAAAAAUCUAGACGUCGCCGAGCUAGAUGGUACGAGGAGAAAAACGUUAAAGACCGGCAUUGCCGAUCCGCGAGCGAUAGUGGUGCACCCCGGCAUCGGCUAUCUGUACUACACCUCGUGGCAUCUUCAAGCCUACAUCGGAAAAAUCGGCAUGGACGGUUCCAACUUCACAGCGAUAUUGAACUGGGAAGACGAUAUCGCCUGGCCCAAUGCUUUGACAAUAGACUACUUCACCGAUAGAAUAUAUUGGGCCGAUGCUCAUCUUGAUUACAUCGGCUCGGCCGAUUUAGAAGGACGACAUAGACACAUCGUCCUAUCCGGUACUAAAGUCCCUCACGUUUUCGCUCUCAGUUUAUUCGAUGACGAAAUUUACUGGACCGAUUGGAACCUCAAGGCUAUAAGCAAAGCAAAUAAACACUCCGGAGAAAACCUAACCGUGCUACGUAACACAACACAUCGCCCGUAUGACAUUCAUGUUGUCCAUCCUUUGAGGCAACUCUCUUAUACUAACCCUUGUGGCGCUGACAACGGAGGCUGCUCCCACCUCUGCCUUAUCGCACCAAAGCACGAAUCGAGCUACUUAAACAUCGAAGGCUACGGCGAGGAAGGCACGACCACAUACAAAUGCGCCUGCCCGAAUCAAUUUUUCUUAGCUCGGGAUAUGAAAAGUUGCAUAGCCAACUGCACCGACGGCCAGCACAGAUGCAACGGACGCGACGAGAAAUGUAUACCGUGGUUCUGGAAGUGUGAUGGCGAAAAAGAUUGCAUGGACGGCUCGGAUGAACCGGAUACCUGCCCAGUGAGGCACUGCAGAGCCGGCUCCUUCCAGUGCAAGAACACUAACUGCACGCCCGAUUUGAAGACAUCGAGCAUGUGGCGCAGCAGGUCGGGCUGCGGCAGGAUGGUGGUGCGGAAGUGGUAG